CACGUAUAACGCAAAAGAAAAGCAUCACGACGUGGUUCCGUAUAGGCGUUUCCCGUUCCGUUCUGACGUCAACAAAUCGGUUCUUCCGCUGCCGGUUGGGUGAACGUUAGCUGCCAAGAAGAAGAGAGGAAAAAGGAGAAGUGUCUAUACCGUCGAAACAAUUACAGAUAGCGUUUUUUAUGACACCGACUUGCACCCAAGAAAAAUAAUUAAAGCAUCGUGUCCAAGAUCUGAGGAAGCCAAUCCACUCCAGCAGGUGACCGACGAUGGCUGUAAACGUGUACUCGACUUCAGUGACCAGUGACAACUUAAGUCGUCAUGACAUGUUGGUCUGGAUCAAUGACUCUCUACAGAUGAACCUCACCAAAAUAGAAAUGCUGUGUACAGGUGCUGCCUACUGCCAGUUCAUGGACAUGCUCUUUCCCAACUCUGUGCCUCUGAAGAAAGUUAAAUUUGGUGCCAAGCUGGAGCAUGAAUACAUCCAUAACUUCAAGCUUCUGCAGGUUUCCUUCAAAAAGAUGGGAGUCGACAAAAUCAUUCCAGUAGACAAACUGGUGAAGGGGAAGUUCCAGGACAACUUUGAGUAUGUCCAGUGGUUUAAGAAGUUCUUUGAUGCCAACUAUGAUGGGAAGGAGUACGACCCAGUGGAGGCUAGACAGGGGCAGGAUGCCAUGCCCAUACCCAACACUGCCACGUCAGCUCUCACCAAAACCCCGAAGAAGGCCCUCAGUCAAGCUCCUCAAAGGCCACCUGUUGCCAAGGUAGCGCCCAAGUUGGCUAAUGUCAGUGCGAGGAAGCCGGGGAUGGGAGGAGGCGACGAGGAAAGGGUGGAGCUAAUCAAUGAGGUGGAGACCCUGAAAUCCACCAUUCAGGACAUGGAGAAGGAGAGAGACUUUUAUUUUGGUAAGCUGCGGAACAUUGAGCUGAUUUGCCAGGAGAAGGAAGGAGAGGGCGACCCCACACUGCAGAGGAUCAUCGACAUCCUUUACGCCACAGACGAGGGUUUCGUGAUCCCAGAUGCUGAGGAGCAGGAGGAGUUUUAAUAUUCAGACUGCAGGCACCUUUUCUCUUCGCUGCCCUGGUCUACACACCCACCUCGAGAUCCUUUCUCAAGCCAAGACAGCCAGUUUGGUUUGAUAUCAUCACCAAACCUGAUCUCGACUUGUGCCCCCGCCAGCCCUGAUCCCAAAUCUCAACCUGCCGGACCUCUUCCUCUACCUAUCCUUCAGCUGCCGACAGCUUUGUCUUUUAACAAUAAUCAAGAAAGCCUUGGUCAAAGGCUCUUCUUCUUCCACACCUGUCAGCCUGCGAGAGUCCCAGGCCCCCCCACCCCCACCCUCACCUGUAAUCCCAACCUUCCCAAAACCAGAUUGUAUGGUACAUAUCUGGUUUUUGUAAUGGACUUGAGUGUGAAAAACACGGUGAUGUUCUCUAUUUGUGUGUGUGUGUGCGUGUGUAAGUGUGUGUGGUUGUAAGUGUUUAAAAAUCAAUUUGAAACCAAGCGAACAUGAAGACCCUCCUCUGAAGACCCGGCUGCCCGUUCAUCAAUCCUUUUGUCCCAAACUAACCCAGAUGGUUUGUUGCAACCAUUUUGUGCCUCUCCUGUUGAUACUGAAUUUGAUUCGUUUGUAGGACGAUGCGUGCACAGAGAAAUACACACACAUUCCCAACUAGAACACUUGUAGGUAGUGUUUUUUUGCUAGCUGGUCCCACAUGUAGUCAUGCUGAAGAUGAGUUGUGUUUGAGAUGCUAAAAGAUUUGACUUCAUCCAGUCAGCAGGCUCCCAGAACCAUUUGGCAGUUUGAUGUAGCCGAAAUGUUUCUAUGGACAGUGAAGGGCUCAGGGUUUAGUCUGGGACAAGGACACAGUCGGCUUUUCUCUCCAAGGAGACUAUCCUGAUGUGGAUGCUACUGCUUUAUCACAUGUCCCCCUCACUCCAUUUCAUUUGAUUCAUUUUGUUUGUGUUUUCUCUGUUGCAAGUUGUUUGGGCACCUGUCAGCAAUGCUCUCGACUUCAUACACCAGGGAAUCUUUUGGUUUCUUCUUUUUCUCACGCUCACUAAAACCAUCACUGUGGAAAGCUUUGACUUGAGAAAUGGGGGUUACUGAUGUAGAAAGGGUUGCUGUUCUUGUAGCAGAUAAGUCUUUUCUGCUUCCACCCCCCCCACAUGAUCCCUCUCGUCCUCGGUCUUCACUCUUCAGGCUUCUUAAAUGAAGGGAAGUGGCUUUUUUUCUGAGUUGAUGUGAGUCGGCAGCCUUUUGAUCAACAUGCCGAUGUUUAGUAAAAAGAAACGGCUCACCUAUGGUUUGUCUUUUUGGAGUCUCUUAUAAGGCGCACACACGCAGUUUUAUACCAGUCACCCUUACUUAGGCUUCAGCCAAUAGAAAAAUGGGUUAUAUAGAGUGACAUGACACUGUCAUAAACGCAUUAUAAACAAGUCUUCAACGUUUAUGACAUAAUGUUUCUUUAAGUGUCAUUCGGUUUUGUUAUGACAAGUUAUGGUUAUGGUUCAUGUGUUUAUGACAGUUUCAUGACACUCUUAUGUGGAUACCUUCAAGUAAAGUGAUACUGUAAACAAAUCCGGGGGGGGGGGGUCCAGAGCAGAUCUGACGUUGGCUGAUCAGCGAGUUUGCUACAUGAUUGUCUGAUCUUUGUGAAAGUGGCUAAUUUGAGAGACCCCCACUGUCCUUUUGUAAAAUGUCAUUUUGACAUGUUUUACCUGACACAUUUUUGAUUCCACACAAUCUGUUUUUUUUUUGUUAGCAGCGACUUGUUUGAAGUAAUUAACUUUAUCGACGGCCUUAUUCAUAACAAAUUCCUUUUCAUUAGAAAACAUUUUUCAUCAUUUUUUUUAAUUUCACUUCAAUGAUAGUCUUAUUGGCCAAGUGUUUGUACUGUUAGUCCUAUUUUUAAUGUGUUCUGAAAAUAAACAAGAUUGGAGGUAUUUUGGACAGAAGGUAUGUCGUGUUGCAGCGGACCACCGGUCUUCAUCUAAUGUUCAUACAGCUACUAAAUAUACACUUCUCAUUAUUUCUCUCCAAUUUUUUCACCAGUUAGCUUCACGGUGAUAUACUGUACUGUGCAAAACUUUUAGGAAGGUAUAAAAAAAUGCUGUAAACUAAAAAUGCGCUCAAAAAUGGAAGUGUUUAUUUCCAUCAAUUAACAAAAUGCAGUGAAGGAAAAGAAGGGGAAUCUAAAUCAAAUCAAUAUCUGGUGUGACCUGCCUAAAUCAAAUCAAUAUCUGGUGUAACCCCCCCCUCCCCCCCCUUUCCAUCUUGGAGAACUAACCCGAGACCUUCUGUGUGUAGGCUUCCUCAAAUCCUUCUGUCUCUUCAUGUAAUCCCAGACCACUCGAUGUUGAGAUCAGGGCUCUGUGGGGGGUGCUCUGCCAUCCCCUCCAGGACUUUGUGUUCUUCUUUACACAAAAGAUAGUUCUCAAUGGCCUUGGCUGUAUGUUCUGAGCUGAUGUCAGCCAGACUUCUCCAGACAGUAGAUGGUGUACUUGGUCCCACUGGCUUCCACCAGUUCUGAGCUGAUGUCCCUGCUGGACAUCUUCCCAUGUCGAAGGGAAUCGGCUUGAUGUGUUUUUCAUCUGCUGGACUAGGUCUCCUUGGCUGACCACUGCGUCUACGAUCCUCAACGCUGCCCCACUUUUUGCAAGUGUACUUAUAAGAAUUGAUGAUGGUUUGAAGUCAAAGGGCAGUAAUCUUUUUUUUGCUCAGUUCACAUUUUGUAAGUUGAUAAAAAACAAUCCUAUUUUUGAAAGCACUUUUAGUUUACAGCAUUUUCUCACAUAUGCGUGAGAUUUUUGUACAGUACUGUAUAUGUAUCUCAGCUGCAGACUUGGGUAGAAUUUAAACCCCCAUCAGUUGGCUUUGGGGUGCUGGGUUGGUCCUUCUCCUCAGCUGAUAGAGCAUCUCUCCCUCAGAGACUCAGACGCGUUUUAACUUCACUAUUUAACAAGCACUGCCAUAUGGGUUGAAUGUUGAAUGCACAUACGGUAAUCAAAGAGUGCCCGGGUAUAAUUUCUGGUAGUUGCCUUUAGUAAAACCGCACUUACAUAAAAACAUGUACUUUGUCUUUUAGAAAUAAUUUCCAGAUCGUUGUUCUUUCAGAAUGUAAGUUUUAAUUUUUUUUUUUUUGGCUCCAAAGAGUGACUUAAACUAAGGGGAUUCUCGAUCUAAGCGCAGUGGUGACUCUGUGCCCUGCAGCAUGCUGGGUUUCAAAUCCAACUAUGAAUGAGGUGAAAGUUCUUGUCUUGUGAAAGUUGGUGUCUGAGGGACUUAUCAAGGUCCAGGGCUCAAAGGAUUUGACCAAAUAUGAAAUAUAAUUUAGUUGGGACACCUUUUGGUCACCUGAAACUGGGGCACUGAGUAGAAACCUCCCUUUCCUUUGCUGUUCACCUGCCACAGAUUUAAGGACACAUCAAAUGAAAGUGCAAGUCAGGACUUUUCUGCAAGUAAUUUUUUUAUUUUCUGUUCUAAUGUGCAUAAGCACAGUGUCAGGUUUCUCUUUGGUCCCAUGACAUUUUGUGCAAAGAGAAUUUACUGUAACUUAAAACCUGCUAUUGGGAAGACUUGGUGUUAAAAAACAACCCAGACUAAGGGCUUUUAAUAAGUAGGGCUUCCUCUAACUAAUGCACAUUUUCUUUAUUGAUAAAUCUGCUUACUUGUCUACAAUUUUCAAAACAGUUCAAACAUAAUUUCUCAGAUCAGAAAGGUGUGUUCUGAAAUAUCUUGUUUUAUUUCACCAACAGUCCAAAACUAAAAGCUAUUUGGGUUUCUAAACUUAGCUCUUAAAGUAAGGACAUUUGUGUUUGGUGGAUUAUUUCUCCGAGGGAACUACUUUUUGAUAAUAGAUCAAUCUUAUACCCCUGGAAAGCCUGUUUUAGUUCUCUUUCUAAUGGUGCUAAUGGUUCUAAUUUGUGAGGAACAUGUAUUUGUGGGAUGAGCAGCAGCGCCCGUGAAGGAUUUGCCAAAUCUUCUCUGCCGAUGCCAAACAGCCAUUGACCCGUUUGGUGGAUUGGAUGAUUGAAGUCUGAAGUAAGACAUUUUGGCAAUUUAACAAUUUAUUGUACCUUACCCAUGUGGCACCAUUUGAAAGGGAAAUAAUCCGGCUUUCCACUGGUGGAAGGUUUAUUGCCAAGAAGCAUUGUUACCACAGAGAAGUAAUCUACCAAACUCAAAUCUUAGUUGUCAGUUAAUGAUUUAAAACAUAGGGGAAAAAAACACAUUCUUACUUUUUUUUAUGCUGAAAUCAAGAUUUUAAUUUUUGACAUUUUUGCUUGGACGACUCAAGUAGGCAAGUAAGAAUGUUCUUUUGAUGAUUCUUUUUCUUAUUCUUAAUUGUUUUCUCUCCGGUUUAUGACUUGAGCACAGGUUUUACCAGGUAAAUUAUUUAAUAUUUGUCAGGAUGAAGUGAUUAACACUUAUUCCACAUAUGCAGUCCUUCCUUUUAAAAUGAGAGAUUUCCUUCCUGGGGGGCGGGGUACAUCUGUACUGCCACACUCUCACCCCAGGACCUCGUAACACCCCAGGAGGAAUGGUGGGACAUUGCAGGGAUACUCCGCCUCGCCUCGUACCCCCAUGUCUGGCAUUGCCAUGGCAGUUGUGAAAAGGCAGAAGGCAUAAAUGUUAAAAAUGUAACAUUCCAGUGAGUGUUACAGGUGGAGUUACAUGGACCUGGCAAAAUGAAGACCUAGAACACUGUAGUGCAGUGAAUUUAAGACUUUCCAUGGCCUAAAACUUUAGACUUUUUACUUUCUAAGACCCAGCGGAAUCUCCACCAACCAUCCCCGACAAGAUGCUGUGGUUACAAAAAAGACGUUUUAAACAAAGACAUUAUACUGUGCACCUUUAUACAAAAAGAGCUCCACCUAUAGUAAUUCUUUUACAGAAAUGCUGCCUUUCAGCCUCUUAUGGCCGGAAUUAAUUUUAUGUUUGCUUAUAAAAACUUUGAAAGAUGAUCCUGCCACCUCUUCUUAUGUCCUAAUAGGAAAGAAAAUGACUUGGAUCAGACUUAGAAGAUGGAUUACAAGAAAUUAAAUCUGUUUGCCUCUAAGGGCUUCCGUACGCUGAUUGACUUGCCCAACAUUCCUUAGGCUGGACUUUAUGAUCCAAAAUUCGAGCUCCAGAUUCCUUAAGCUAUCCUGUAGUUUGACAUUUCUUUAGUGCCAUUCAUGUGUCAGGUGGUUAAUACCGAGACCAAUCGUCGCACACGGAGGUCUCUCCAAACCGCCAGCCUCCUUAAUGCAGGAAAACUGAAACACUUGAAACUGUAGACGAACAGCAGCUUCUUCCCAUUUCCAGCAGUUCUGAGGAGCGUCGAGCCUUAAUGAAGAAGUGCUUCUCAUUAUGCAAGAGGGAGCAGACGUCCCCCUUUACGUAGUGGCCUCUGUACUGGACCCAGUGCCAAUGUAAGCAUCUGCCCCUAGCAGUCUGUAUUUAUUGAAUCAUAAUACAAACUGUCAUCACUUGAGUUACCUGUCAGGUGUGUCUGGUAACAUCAUGAGAUCUUCGGUUCUGUUGGGAAAGGGUUUGACAAUCGUCUGGUAUUAUGUGUAAACCGUGAGCAAGAGAUCAUGCUCAGACAGUUUUGGCCACUCUGGGGAUCUGUAACUUGUAUCUCAACUAAGAGUUUAAAGGUCCCAAAUUGUAAAAAAAAA